AGUCCUGAGCAGUGGCUCUAGUCCUGAGUCAUGGCUCUAGUCCUGAGUCUGCUAGACCUCUCGUCUUGUGUAGUGGCUCUAGUCCUGUGACUCUAGUCCUGAGCCGUGGCAGGUUGUUGUAUUCACAUUUUAGGGGGUGAAAUGGGUCGGCUGAGAUCAGGGAUGGUGUUCAUAAAGCCGGGUGAUAUUUGGCGAAUGUGCCAAUUUCCUGGCUAUGGGUGUUGUUUUGAAUUGAGGGUAACGGGGUUACAUUAUUAAUUGCAAUUGGCGCCCCCCAAUGGCUUGUUCUAACUGUGUGUGAAGCUUUCCAACAAUGACAUUUCAAAAUGAUCCACUCUGUGUGCGUGUAAGGUAAGCUGACCCCGUCACUCACUCUCUAUUAAUACAGGAUUAUUUUCAUGCUCCAUCCCAGACACUACCCUACACAAGCACAUAUAUGCACACACUGACACACACUCACACACACCCACCCACCCACUCCUUGGACAACACGUACAGCUACUGUCUGCCCCGGACCGUCAGAGGUAGCACGGCAGUCAGGUAGCUGCGUGUUCUCCGUAAGUUUGUUUGACUGCCCCAAUGGAGGCCUGUUGUUUCUCCUGUUGCUGAACAAGGACUUAAGACAGAACCAGACGAGGAAUUCUCUACCACAAAGGAUUACCCCACAGAUAACCUUCUACAACUUUAAUGAGAUGUUCCCCUGGUCCGCUGUGUUCUCCCUGGAGCCCAAAGUCCCGGGGCGCCGCUCCUCGGAGGAGCUGGUGACCAACACCCUGAUGCUGGAGCUGGGCGCCAUCGUGAAGAGGACCGAGCGCAUCCGCCUGGAGAGAGUGUCCGAGGGCCGCCGGCGCCGCUCCUCCGCCUCCUCCGCGGCCAACUACAGCUGGCUGGCCACGGCCCCCGCCCCGGCGCCAUACGAGCUCACCCCUGGGGACCUGCUGGAGCUGCAGGAGCUGUGCUCCAAGGUCCUCCCGUCGCAGUGCGGUCCUCUGAUCGUCAGGUUCCGGCGGCUGGUGUCCCAGAUGGAGCCGGAGGUGCAGGAAGUGGCCCGCCUGUUUCGCACCGUCCUCCGCGACUGCGUGGAGGAGCAGGCCGGCGAGGACACAUCUGACGCCCAUGCCCCCAUCUUCGAGAAGCAGCACCGCAGCAAGAGCCUCUCCUUCGUUCACUUCCGUUCGCGGUUCCGCACAGGUCCCCUGUUCCGGGGCGGCGCGAUGGGAGGGUCCCGGGGGAACCUUGAGCAGUCCAUGGAGUGGUCGGACGAGGAGGAGGAGCCGAUGGAGGAGGACAUUGGGAGGGUGGAGGACGCCAGGCUGAGGGCCCGGGCGGCCAGGAAGAGCCGGAGCCGGAGCAUGCCAGAGAUCAGUCCCGUCGAGCAGGGCGUGCAUGGGUGAGCGGUGCAGUGGUCAGGAGAUUAGACAAACGGACGGGUGGUUGUGAGAGAGAGCCGGUGCAGAAUGAAAGGUAUUGGCCAUAAUAUGGUGGCCCCCUUCAUAGUCAAGGGUGGAGGAGAUAUUGGAAGAGAAGCGGAAAUAUGUACAUAAUAUAGAUGCUAGCUUUUAGGACAUACUUAAUACUUCAUUAAAGGGUGUAAAGUAGCCUGGAGAAAAAUAUACAGAAUACGAGACCUCAUUAAAGAGAUAUUAACGGCCAACUGGUGUCCAUCCUCAAUACAUCAGAAGCUGUUUUGCUCCUUAGAUUUUGUCGAUAGUUUUUGCACAUUUACCUCAUAAUUCACCAUGCACUGAGUACAGUUUGGAAUGCACUUUUUCAGUCUAGUUCCUCAUUAGUAAAGUCAUUCAGAAUGGGUACAGCACAUAGCAAGGGAAUGUUCUUCUCCCUACUCAUUUGCACCUUCAGCACCCAAUUACUUAGCAGGUUUUGUUUCUUUCAACCCAAUUAACCACAAGCACCGAUGUAAAUACCAGUGAGAUGUAGGCCAGCAGAUGUCUAGAAAGAUUGUAUAUUUUCCUAUGAUUGUGAAACAUUCAACGUAUUAAGUGAUUAAAGCCAUGCUUUUUCAAAUCCA